AUGAGUCAACCCGACGACAUCCUUGCUGCGAUAAACCAGCUCCUGGACGAUCCGCUGUUCGCCUACGAUCCGCCGCUGCCAGGACCGUCCGACCAACGAACACCGCCGACGAGUAGCCGUCCGACAACCGGUCCGACCGCCCGACCACCGAGCCGACCGCCGAAAAUCGGCACGCUGAUUCAGCGUUCCGACCGGCAGAACCAGCUCAAGAUGCAGCAGCUGAUGCAGGCAUCACCACCGCCGCCUGCCCGCUCGCGACCGCCAGCGAGCACUCCGGCCCGCAAGAGAUCGCGGGAAACCGAGAGAGAGACCGGCGAAGACCAGCCGCCUCGCCUUCUGAUGCCGACUGGCUCAGUACCGCCGCCACCGAUCCGCGUGCAAGUGGAGCCCGGCAUCAUAUUUGACGUGCCCACUUCGCCGUGCACGUGGCCCGGAAAUAUAAGAUCCGGUCAUCGCAGGGGCAUUGGGUGA